AUGACGCGUAGGGAGACGCCCUCGCGCGCCGCGCUGCCAUACUGUUUACUCCUUAUCCUGAAUGCCGGCCUCACCGCGUCAAGGCGCCCGGAACCUUACUACGGGCGAGUGAUCGGACGGUUAACUCAAUAUGCCCACGGGAUUCGGGGCACAGUGUACGCUGUGGAUGAGAACACGGUGUAUGUACGAGGUUUCGCUUACGAUGGAACCGGUCCUGAUGCCUAUUUCUGGGUAGGAGAUACUCCUCAACCAUCUCCUGAAGGCACCCUUGUACCGUACCCAGAGGACUAUGUUAGUAGAGAUCCUCCCGUACUAUCCGCACAUACUAACUCGGACAUCCUGCUGCGCCUGCCGGGCGGCAAACGACUGAGGGACAUCAAGUGGAUAAGUGUGUGGUGCCGCAGAUUUACGGUCAAUUUCGGAGAUGUUUUCAUUCCUCCAGGCUUGGAUCCUCCAAGACCCCGAGUGUUGCCAGAGUUUAAAAGAUUAGCUCACGGUCUAAGAUCAGGCAACAUCAGUGUUUUGGAUGCUAAAACUUUCUACAUACCCAACUUGCAUUAUGAUGGUGCUGGGCCUGAUGCGUACUUCUGGGUGGGCAAUGGCAGUGAGCCCAAUCCUUUUGGCACUAAAGUUCCAAACGAGAUGGGUUCACUCAAUCCUCUCCGGGGCUACCAGGGUGAGGAUAUAGAGAUCGUGCUCCCGAACAAGUUGACAGCUUACGACGUGGACUGGCUCGCCGUGUGGUGUGUGGAGUAUCGGCAUAACUUCGGACAUGUUUACAUUCCUAAGGACUUGGAUGUGCCUCCAGCUUUGGGUCAGACGAAGAUCACUCCAGCUUGGUGGUAUAACCCGACAAGUUCGACCACUUCGCAAACACCUUUCAGCGCCUCUAACAAUUGUAAAGAGAUUUUGGAUAAGCGGCUACAAGUGAGGUGGGAGAUACAGGGCGAGCAUGUCCAGAUAACUCUGUCGGCGCGCCUCCGCAAGGAGCAGUACAUGGCGUUCGGGCUGUCCGGCGCCGACGGCAAGCCCGCCAUGCUCGGCGCCGACGUCGCCGUCGCUUACUGGGACACCAAGAGCAACCAGCCGCGCGUGGCGGACUACAGCAUCUCGCACCUGGCGCAGUGCGACGGCGCGCGCGGCGUGUGCCCCGACGCGCGCGUCGGCGGCGCGGACGACGUCGUGCUCGUGUCCGGGCAACAGAAGGACGGCAUCACAACAAUCACGUACCGGCGGCCGCUGGCCGCGACGGACGCGGACAAGGACAAGGUGGUGCUGUCGACGCGCGCGCAGUCCGUCAUCGCCGCCUUCGGGCCGCUCAACUCCCGCCUGGAGGCCAACGCGCACUCCUUCAUGGACACCACCAGGACUGAUGUUCAGAUAGACUUUGGAGCUCAGAACGACAACACGUGCGUGGGGCUGGCGGAUGUGACCGCGGACGCGCCGGCGCCGUGGCCGCGCCGCGCGCUGGCGGGCGUCAGCAACUUCACCGCGCGCAUCGGGCCCGCCGCCGGCCGCCGCGGGUACACGCCCAUCACCGACAAUGAUAUUAAUAAUGGAUUCCUGCCAUACGGACACCCGUCGUGGGGCAUCGCGUGGUACAUCAACGACCUGCUCAUCCCCGAGAUCUACGUGGAGCGCGGCCGCACCUACACCUUCCUCGUCGAGGGCGGCGACGACCGCACCAACCCUGCCAAGUUCCACCCGUUCUACAUAAGUGACUCAUCGGAAGGAGGCUUCGGGCAGAAGAAGCCGGAAGACCAGAGGAAGCAGCGAGUGUUCGCGGGCGUCGCCUACGAUAACGAGGGCUAUCCCUACCCCACUGCAGUGGGCCGCUACUGCGAGUGGACGCACAAGACGGUGGACCAGGCGGAGAAGGCGGAGAGCUUCGAGGAGUACAUGCAGAGCCUACAGCUGGAGUGCGGCGCCGGCGAGGCGGCGCGCCUGGCGUGGACCGUGGCCCACGAGACGCCCGACCUGCUCUACUACCAGUGCUACACACACAACAACCUGGGCUGGAAGAUACACGUGGUGGAUCCCGGGACACCGAUCCCGAUCCCGGGGGAUAAGAGCGCCAUCACCAACUCCGCCGCCCGAAUCCCACCCUUCCUCCUCACAUGGCUGCUCCUGGGGACGCUCCUCAGAGAGUGGACUGAGUGUUUCUUCGCCAGCCGUCAGUUAAGAAUAGCGGAAAAGGGAGACAGAGACAAAACAAAUAUACGGCAACGGAAACGGCUU